UACGACAAAUCGCAGAAAAAGUGUAACAUGAGAAGUGACAUAAGAAGGCUCUCAAUAAAUGGGUGUUUGGUAUUGUUUUUAAGUCCAAUAGUAAUUACGAUUGUGUAAUAGACUUCUCCUUCAAGAUUUCAUUUUUUUCAUUUGUCAUCAAAAUAAAUUUAGUUAACAAGUGCUUCCUUUUAUAAUUGAAACAUUUGGAUUGUUAUUGAAAUCAACUAGAGAGGUUAAAAAUACAAUAUGGCAAGGAAGAGAUACUGCUUCACAAUAUCGCUGAUGAUGUUUAAAACAUAAAAAUGGGUCAAUGUUGUACAUAUUAAAAAAAUAUGAAAGCACUGUUUUUAGCCAAGCGUUCAAAUUAAAGUUUAGUGAUAGUGUUGGAGUAGAUUGGAGAACUCUUGGCCGUUGGUUAAAUAUUGAAGAAAAUUAUUUAGACAUGAUUGAUCAAGAAAAUAUAAAAGUUAAUGCAAAAGCAUAUUCAAUGUUAACUAAAUGGUUGCAAAUGAAUGACAAUCCAACACUUGAUGAGUUGAUAACAGCUUUAAAGGAAAUGAAUAGAGUGGAUCUAAUAAGAAAAGUAGAUGAAUUCACAAAGAAUUUAGAUUCACCAGAAAUAUCUUCAGGAUUUUCUGCUAACAAUGAGAUUUCAGAUUCACCAGAAAUAUCUUCAGGAUUUUCUGCUAACAAAGAUUUGUCAAGAGUGUCUGCGGAACUAAAACAAUUUUAUUUUGAAAAUUAUGGAAAAAUUAGUGAACUUCAACCACUAUUAAAAGCACCUGCAAAUGUUGAUCUAAUGCAUAAAUUUGUUGAUCUAUGUAUUGUUAAUUCAGCAAAGCCACAAAUGGAUGUUGUUUUUAGUGUUGAACGAAAGAAAUUUCUUGAAAAGCAAAUGUGUUAUACACCAAUUCCAUAUAGUGAACUAUUUAUGAGCGAAAAAUCAGUAAUAUUAAUAUCUGGAGUUGCUGGUAUCGGGAAAACAUGGCUGCUUAGAAAAUGUUUGCUUGAUUGGUCAAACAAUUUAAUUUGGAAAAAUGUGAAACUUGUAUUUUAUUUAGAAUGCAGGAGGCUAAAUCAGUAUGAAAAUGUUUCUAAUAUUAAUGAUUUACUAAGCUUUUUCUACAAAGAUAUUAUAAGUAACUUUAAUAUUAGUAUUUGCACUGCACUGUUUAUAAUUGAUGGAUUAGAUGAGUUUAAAUAUUUCAAUGAGUUAUUAAAUCUAAGAUUAAAUUGUAACUAUCCGAUUGUUAAUGUUUUAGCAGAAAUUAAAAAAUAUAAACAUUUAGUUGCUGGUAGAAAUUAUGCCAUUGAUCAAUACCAAAGUAUAUAUACAGAUCAUAGUGACAAGUUAACCAUUCAAAUAAUGGGGUUUAAUGAAAAUGGAAUAAUGAAUUAUGUCGAAAAUCAUGUUACAGAAGAAAAUAAAGAAAUUGUAAAAGCAACUUUAAAGGAAAAUCCAAUUGCAAAAGCCAUGGCUUCUGUUCCUUUUUAUUUAUCUUCUAUGUGUAAAAUUAUCAGUAAUAUAAAAAAAAUAAGUACAAGGAAUAUCUUAACAAUGACAGAUUUGUAUGCAAACAUUUUUUUAUACUUUUUACAAAAACACAUCAUUAAAAGCAAUGAAAUGAUUUAUCAGAUAAUGGAAAACGAUUCUAAUAAAAUAUAUAUUUUAAAUAUUUGUAAAAUUGCAUAUGAAUUGUUUGUUGUAAAUAAAGUAAUUUUUUCGAAAGAAGAACUUCAAACUUUUGUUGGUGACUUUAAUAAAAAUGAAACUUUUUUUGGAUUUUUGGAAAAGAUUGAAACAGAUCUGGGAUGUUAUUAUCAGUUCGCUCAUUUGACAAUAAUGGAGUUUUGUGCAUCUGUAUAUGCAUUUAAUUGUUUAAGUAGUGAAGAAAUUUUGACCAAUAAAAAGCUGAAUAGUUGUUUAUCAAUGAUUUGUGGAUUAUCUAAUACUAGUCAAAAUAGUUUAUUAAAGUUUCUUGUUAACCUGAAUCCUUCCAUAAAUCCUUCUAAUCCUUCACAAACUCCCUAUAAAAAAUCUAUUCAAUCUAUUCAAUUUAUAAAGAAUCUAUUCAAGAAUUCUUCAAAAAAGUCUAAUGAAAAAUACAUUCUUUUGCAUUCUAUUUUAGAUCGUCUGUCUAAAAGUAUUUACCCUUUUUCUUAUGAUGUUUCUAAUUUAUUCUACGAAUGUUUUUAUGAAAGUCAAUCGUCAUUCACUGAUGAAAUAAAAUCACUCGUUAAUAAACAAAAGUUUGGUAUUUCGAUUGACGAUGGAAAAACUUCUUACGCAACUUCUUGCGAGAAUUAUUUCGUAAAUAAUUACAUACAAUAUGGAGGAAAGUUAUGGUUGUUAAAUGUUGAUAAAGAUAUAUUAAGUGAUGAAGAAAAAAAUCUUUUAAUUCGAUGUUCAACCAAUGUUCGAAUUGUCACCAUUCGUCGUCCAAUUAAUUUCGAAGGGUGGAAACCGAAAGAUAAGAUUGAAGUGUUGUGGAUAUGGAUCUCAGGUUAUAGAGUAACAAAAAAAUAUUUUGAAGAAAACUAUCUUCCUUGGAUUAAUCUUUGUGAAGAUUUAGAACUUGAUCUUCACUACGAUAUUGGUCUCAUUAAAGAGAUUUAUGAAUGGAUUCGUUGUUCGAACAUCAAGAAGUUUGGGAUCAAGUACCGUGAACGAUAUUAUCGUACCUUCGAUGAAUUAAAUGAAUUUUCAGGAACAAAAUUGUAUCCAACACCGUUGAAAGUAUUACCUUAACCUCGAUGAAUUAACUUUAUAACUCGAAAAAAUGUUAAAUAUUUUAAAUAUAUAAGAUAAAAACAAUAAUUAUAAAAUAUUAAAUAAAAUAAUUAAUGUAUUUUUAAAUAAUAAAAAUAUUAAUAAAUUAUAU